UUUCUGUCACAAUAUUUGUCAAAAUUUUUAGAUUUUUAAUUCAAUUUUCCUUUUCAGUUCUAAUUCUAUUCUUUUUUCAAAAUCAUGCAGAUUUGUCCAGCGGAACCUCUCAAACCCGAGAGGCCACCGUCAAUUAUAGAAGCAAGAAAUAAAAUUCGGUUGGGACACGAGUCUGGUUGUAAUUGUUGUUGCUGCUGUUCUCCAGAGCCAAAAUGUUUGGAAUACGUUCAACCGGAACCUGCAAAAUCCUUCGCUCCAGUCAGGUACUAUUGGAAACCAAACACUGCAAUGGAAGACAAUACAACCUACAAAUUAUCAUUUUGGGAUGGUCCAGCAUCUCGAGCAGUACCUUAUAGUCCUGAAGAUUGUUUAACGAUCGGAGAUGGACCAUUGUCUGACGAAACAACUCACAAGUUAAGCUAUCUCGGAAAUUGGUGCGUUCGACCAGAACCCAAAAUUACGCCAUGUGACAAAGAAUUAUUUAAGAGAGGACCAAUACAAGAUGUGACUACUCAAAAACAUGAUUUCACCUGGAAAUCGACACCAAAAAUUACGUCGAUAAAAGAAAGAAACAAUUUGUAUUCUCCUUGUGUGUCAAUGUCAGACGACACGACGUACAAAUUAAGUUACUAUCCUUCCAAUUGUCGCGAACCUGUUCAGUCCUUCAAGCCAAUUGAAAAGUACGAAAAAUCUGAUGUACCACUUGAUGGUUGCACCACUUACAAAUUAAGUUACUGGCCCAAUCAAGUGCCAGUGAAGGAGGAGCAACCGUGGAACUUAAAAAGACAAUAUCAUCCACCAGUAACGCCUUUGGACGAUUGUACAACGUACAAAUUGAGUUAUUGGCCGAAUUGUGAAAAACCUCGAAAACCAUUUACAAUGAAGAAUGCGAAAAAUUUAUUUAAUGCCUCCUGUUGUUUUGACGACAACACAACUUACAAAUUAAGUUUCUUUGGAUGCGGUGGAGACAAAGCGGAUCUGAUAAAGCAACCGGAAAACAUUAUUUUCUCACGUUGCCCACUCUCCCUUGACACCACAAACAGAUUGAGCUACUUAGGGAAUUGGUGCGUCAAACCGGAAGCACCAGUUGUGCCAUGUCGACGAGAUUUGCUUGGUAAAGGACCAUUGCAGGACGUAACGACACAAAAACACGAUUACACGUGGAAAUGCAAUGUUCCCGGCUUUGGUUUUCGACCCGAGGACAAUCUCACAUUCUCACCACUACCACUCGAGUGUUGCACAACAAAUAGACUCUCAUAUAUUCCGAAUAAUUUCAAGUCUUUGGAAUCGAACGUUUCUUUUAAACCUAUACGAGCAUAUCAACCGUGCGAUGUACCAUUCAGUGCUGAGACGACAAUGCGUCUCAGUUAUCAACCAUUAGAACCUGCUGACAAAGUGGAUAUGCCGUGGUCUGGUAAAAAUUCUUAUCAAAAACCUACGACACCUUUGGAAGAAAAUACAACGUAUAAUUUAAGCUACAUUCCGCCAGGAAAAUUUGUCCCUCGUUCUCCCUCUUCACCGCCAUGCCCUCAGCAAAAUUCUUGUGAAAACCAAAAUACUCCAACAUGUUUUCCGUCACCGUGUUGCCCUUGCAUUGGUAAGUUAUUUAUAAAUAAAAAAUUCUAAAUUAGUUUUUAAUUAUAUUUCUGUUAAUUUGUUUCUAAAUUACAAAAACGAAACUUUCAAACUUAUUAUUUUUAAUCUUAGGUAUUUUUAUUUUUACCUUUUAUUUCUAAUUAAAAAGAAAAUUAAAUUUUCCCUAUCAUUGCAAUGAU